CUCUGGACCAGUACAUCAACAUGGCUGCAGCACCACAACCUACCUACUGGCUGGGUAACGAGACCCUGAGGGUGUCUGCUGCUCUGUUUGCAGAGAAUCGUCAACGACUUUGCAGAGGGCUAAAAGACAAAGACGGAGUGGUGCCGCAGUCAGUGGUGGUGCUGCAGGGUGGAGAGCAGAAGCAGAGGUACUGCACGGACACAGACCUCCUUUUCAGACAGGAGUCUUUCUUCCACUGGGCUUUUGGAGUAACCGAGCCUGACUGUUAUGGAGCCAUUGAUGUGGACUCUGGGAAAUCCAUCCUUUUUGUUCCCAAACUGCCUGAAAGCUAUGCUACUUGGAUGGGAGAGAUCUAUUCGAAAGAACACUUCAAGGAGAAGUAUGCUGUGGAUGAGGUGCAAUACACCUGUGAUAUUGUUGAUGUCCUGUCCAACCUGAGACCAGCAGUGCUGCUAACACUGCGAGGUCAGAAUACAGAUAGCGGGAGCAUCUGCCGUGAAGCCUCCUUUGAAGGAAUUAGUCGCUUCCAAGUGAACAACACUCUUUUACACCCGGUCAUUGUGGAAUGCCGUCUGCUUAAGACCGAUAUGGAGCUGGAGGUCCUCCGCUACACCAACAGGAUUUCCAGUGAAGCCCAUAAAAUGGUCAUGAAGCAUGUGAAACCUGGACAGAAAGAAUAUGAAAUGGAGAGCCUGUUCCAGCACUACUGCUACACUAAGGGAGGAAUGCGUCACACCUCAUACACCUGCAUCUGUGGAACGGGCAAUAAUGCUUCGGUUCUCCACUACGGCCAUGCUGGUGCUCCAAAUGAAAAGACAAUCCUGGAUGGAGACAUGUGUCUGUUCGACAUGGGUGGAGAGUACUACUGCUACUCCUCAGACAUCACCUGCUCCUUCCCAGCCAACGGCAAGUUCACCCCAGACCAAAGGGCCAUCUACGAGGCUGUCCUCAAAUCCUCCCGAGCUGUCAUGGCAGCCAUCAAACCAGGUGUGAAGUGGACCGACAUGCACCGCAUGGCUGACAAGGUUCACCUGGAGGAGCUUGUGAAGACUGGCCUGAAUGGUAAUGUGGAGGACAUGAUGAAGGUCCACCUGGGCUCCGUCUUCAUGCCCCACGGCCUGGGACACCUGCUGGGCAUCGACGUACACGACGUGGGAGGAUACCCUGAGGGGGUGGAGCGUGUCAACGAGCCUGGACUGAGGAGUCUCCGGAUGGGCCGCCUGGUGCAGGAGAGGAUGGUUCUCACCGUGGAGCCUGGCAUAUACUUCAUCAACCACCUGCUGGACCAAGCCCUGGCCAACCCGGCCCAGAGCUGCUUCAUCAACAACCAAGUGCUGGCUCGCUUCCGCGGCUCUGGAGGGGUUCGCAUUGAAGAUGACAUCGCAGUGACAGCUGACGGCAUCGAGCUGCUUACCUGCGUCCCUCGCACUGUGGAGGAGAUCGAGGCUUUCAUGACCGACUCUGCGAAAUCCUUCAGCCCUGUUGUCAACAGUGAGAAAUUCUGAAUAAUGUCUUACGGUAAAAAGCUGUAUGCUGCAAUGUCAUUAAUUACUGCAGUUAAACAACAAAUAAUAUUCUGCCGUGAAACUCAAGUUAUCACUUUCACUCUCAUAUCUCACUAACAGAACAGAUACACAAUCAAGAUUAUUAUUAAGCUGUAGAAUUAACACAUGAUAAACCAGAAAAACACAACCAGUUUCAUACAGAAUUUUGAAGCUUAUAAAGCUUUCAAAUUAUUUUAAAAAUGAUGAUGUUUGCACUCACUUGAGGGAACAAACUCCACCUUAAAACAUUAAAAGUGUUCAUUUUUGUGCCUCUUGGACAAAGAAAUUCAUUUUUUUAAGAAAAACCUAUUCUUCUAUGUUCCCUUUUUGUAAACAAUGAUUCACAAAAUACUGUGAAGUUAUUAUAUAAAUAAACAUUUUUAAUUUGCAA